AUGCUAGGAGGUGACGUAUUUGUAAAUCAGACCCACAUGGUGAACCAGUGUUGCGAGUUUACUUCACUCAAACAUCCCCACCAAACCUCUUUGCUCACAUCUCUUCCCCAUAAGACCAUCCAAUCAAAUAAAUGAAUGAAUUCAAGAAAAUCAAAGUUCCAAUCUGAAAGAGUAGGUGACCAUGAACAUCUCUGAAUCCAGGGUCAAUCGGAUGGAAUGCCAGCUGGUCUUACUGAGACUGCAUGGUGGAGGGGAAGAAAGUGGACAGGAAGGCUGGCCUUCCCAUGGGAUAAUUAAAGGAUAUGGGGCAGGUCUGGGCAAAGAGGACACAUGUUCUUUCCCUCUAGAACUCUAGCAACUUCCCUAAGUUACGUAUCCACUUCUAGGAUUGUUCACAGUGGUCAUCCAUUGGACAUUUUUUGGAGCUUAUUGUGUGUGCCGUGCAUGGUGCUGGACACUAGAGCUUCUAAAGGAAAAUAUUCCUCCCUCCCUUAAAUAUCUCAAAGUGCCUGCCCCAAGCUACCAACCACCCGCAUGCUGUGGGCUCCUGGAAGUUUCAUGAUGAGAAAUCAUUUGGGGUCUGAUAGAGUAACGAGAUGUUUUGGAUGUUUCAGGUGGAAGGUGUAGCUGUCGGGUUCAUGAGUGUGUGCUCAAGAGUGAACAUGCAGCUCCUGCAUGAGUGCUUUGACCUGGGGCCCUUCCACGGACUCUGCAUCCCACACCCCGAUGAUGUUCUGCAGCCACUGGAAGAGCUAAGCGUUAAAGGAAGUCAAGAUGCUGAGCUCGGUACUAGCAACCACAGUUCCCCGAAAAUAGUUGAGGAGCCACGGGAACCUGUCUCUCCAGAGGCCAUGGAAGGCGUUCAGGGGAGAAUCACAGAAGAAGCCACAGCUGAGGAACUUCUGUCAGCAGUCCAUAGUGGAAACACUAGUGAGAUGGAGGACAUAGAAAACCUCAGUCAGCAGUCCACUAUGGGUGAUACAGAUGGCUGUGUCAGCUGUUUGAGCUUGGCAUCCAUUUCGAUGCCCGAGGAGACCAGCGACUUCCGCCCCAUCUACAAGGGAGCCUCAGCUGCUUUUUGUAUUCAGCUCUUUUGUAUUGAGGAGAAAUACGAAGCAAGGUCACUGGACUUUAUGAAUUUCAUCUUCAGUCUUUUUCCUGACAAGAACUUCUGCAUCAUUUCUCUGCCGCACCUUACCCCUGAGUUUGCCCUCAUCCAGAACUUCGUGAAGAUUGUCCCCUUCCACAACUGUACGCUGGAGCAGGAUCUCUAUGUCUUCCAUCGGGCUGGAUUGCUCAAGUCUAUUAAAAUAAGAUUAGCCACUUUGUUGGAUACUCCUGGUGUUGAAAAUCUUGUUAGCACUCUCAUGCUGAAUAAAAGUAUAUUGGAGGAUUUAAAGCAAUACAAUGAGGCUCGCAGAGACCAUGAUGGAACACCAAUGAAGGCAUUUGUAGCUGAAGUCGCAGAACAAAUAGUUGGCAUUGCAGUUAUCAGAGAUGAAAUGGAUGUAGAGUACAUACGAUCCCAUUACAACAUUGAAGAUUUCAUCUACUUCAGUCACCACCAGCGUGAAGAACAUGGGCACCUGUAUCACUUUGCCCUGAACCCUGUCUUUCGGCACUACACCAAGUUUUUUCUGAAGGAGAUCCUCCGUUUAGGCUAUAAGUCCUGUCUCUACUACCCUGUUUACCCACAGAUCAGGGAAGGCAAGUUCCAGAGCUCCUAUGCCCACUCCCUGACAUCCGCCCUUCAUUACUUGGUUCCCGUGCGGCCGCGACGACAGAUUGUCUAUCCUCUGGAAAAGCUUGGCAUCAACGCUCCAUCAAAGGCGGUCUCCAAGGAUCCGUUGAGUUAUGCCUUGAACCAUACGAACAGAAAACUGACACUGGAACCUAAAAUAACUGUGAAUGCCAAGAUUGUUGUGGUUGGUGCAUCCAAUGUUGGAAUUUCCUUCCUAGAGACAUUGGUAUUUUGCUCUCACCUGAAGUUUAGUAAUCUCACCCUGAUUUCAACCCAUGGACUCCCUGGAAAAAAGCUUCUGGGCACCGAACAAAGGAAGUUUUUAGCAAGCGACCACUGUUUUCAUGACAAAGAUUACGCGUUGAUGUCACUGUGCUCCUGGGUCAACGUGGUGGUGGGUAGAAUGACUGCCAUAGACCGAGCAGCCAAGCACGUGGUGCUUUCCAAAGAGGAAAUCGUGCUCUACGACCAUCUCAUCCUCUGCACCGGGCAGCAGUACCAGGUCCCGUGCCCUACAGGGGCUGAUAUUAGUCAACAUGUGACAAACAGAGAGAUUCCAAAUAGUGGGAAGCAGCGAUACGCUGAUAAAGUUCCCUGCAAUCAUUUCACUCUCAACGACGAAGAAGAUUGCUGUAAGGCCCUGAGUUGGAUAAGGAACAACUCCAUCAUCGCAGAAGGGAAUGUCAUUGUCUAUGGGAAUACAAUUGACACUUACACCACAGUGGAGACGCUCUUAAACAUCGGUGUGAGGGGCUCCCAUAUCCACCUGGUGCGGCCCCCGCCCACUUCCACCAUCACCUGCAUCAACAACUACUCGGUGGAGAGCGCGGUGGAGGAGGCGCUCAGAGCAGCGGGAGUUACCGUUUACCGCGACGCGCUCCUGGCUCAGUGGAACGAGGGCCGGGACCCAGACCCCAUUCACAGCGCCUGCUUCACCACGCCCACCAAGCCUUUCAGACUUCCGUGCUCCAUGUUCUUCAGCUUCUGUGAGAAGAAUGUGGAUUAUGAAACAUUUAAAGCACUCAAUGAUGCAUGUCUUGUCUAUGACGGCCGACUUGUGAUUGAUACCAACUUCCACACCAAUGACAUAGCCAUCAGAGCAGCUGGCUCCCUCACCAAAUUCUCCAAUAAAUAUUACUCAAAUGAGUGGACUCAUAGCAGCUUCAGUUCCAAAGAAAUUGGCUUCCAGCUGGCAGCAGCUAUGCUCAGUCUCUUUGACCCAACCCUUGAACCUGUGACUGAGCCGCCGGCUGAUCUUGACCGACUCAUCCCCAUGUACAAGGGAGCCAAGAUCCAAGGAGGCAUUCUGCCUGGGUCUUACCAUUAUCUGCAUAUUGCCAAACCUGCCAUUCCAACUCCCUUAGAGGUACAAAUGGCCCAGCCUAAUUUUGGUUUAGAAAUAGUAACAGGUAAUGCAAAAAAUGGGACUUACUUCCGAAUACAUAUCAACAAGUAUAAAAUGGUGGAAACCAUCACGUGCCUUUCUAAAGAGCCUUUCCCUGCCUCCAACUACAUCCGCCUAUUUGGCCAGCAUGAGCAACUUCUCAACAACCUAUGUGCUCGGUAUGAGGACAAGCUUAUCCCAGAUCUCUACAGCUACUUCAUGGAGCCAUGGUGCAUGGCCCUCUUUCACGAUCGUUUUAUUGAUCUAAGGAAAGAGUUACGCCAGAUCUUGACCUCCAAGGAGGAGGAAGAACUUCCUUCCAUAGAACAGUUAGCCCGGCAGAUAGAAGAUGAGGAAAUUAACCUGAAGGAGAAGCCCCGGAAAUAUCUCAAAAGAGUCUACCAGGAAACCAUCUACAAGUCGCUGGUGGAGAAGAGCAUUCUUGACUACCUGCACUAUAAUCACUACCACCUGCCCAUGUACGCGUGGCCAGGCAUCAUUUAGUUGUGGCCACGGCCUCCACUUUAUUGUGUUCACACGUGGAGUUCGGGGAAGUGCUCGUAUAAAUAGGAAACCUCUCUGAAGCCUGGCUUGACAACCGAGCACCAUCGUGGUUUUGGGACGUCCUUUCCACUUCCACGAACGUCUGUAGUUUUCUAUCGUUCCAGUAGGUGGCGCACGGCCGUGGGUCUCUAUUCUGGGGCAGGGAGACGCUUCUGAACACCAGGCAUGUUCCAGUGCAGAAUAAUCCAUUUCAGCAAUAAAAUGGGAUGCACUGUGU